AUGAAAUUCGCUUCAUACCUAGUGAUUUUCUUUCUCUUUCUCUUCCAAAGCUCGAACGGUUCCAAUCUUAUCUCUCAAUCCUGCAAGGAGGCCUCGAAGAAUGACCCAAAUUUGAGGUAUGAUUUCUGUGUUGCAUCCCUUGAAGAUGAGUCCAAGUUGCAACCACCACCCUCCAACCUCGAAGGUCUCGUGGGCAUGUCAAUUCAACUAACCAAGUCCAACGGAACCAACAUGGUUUCCAUCAUUUCGAAGCUCAUGAAGGACAAAACUUUUGAUCAAUACGCAAAGGUUUGCUUACGAGAUUGCUUUGAUCUUUACUCGGAUUCCCUUUCGGAUUUAGAUGAUGCUGUGGUUGCCUUCAAGUCCAAGGAUUUGGACACGGCUGCUAUAAACUUGAGUGCUUCCUUGGAUAACUCUGUUACCUGUGAAGAUCAAUUCAAGGACAAGAAAGGUGAAGCGUCUCCUUUAACAAAGGAAAACCGCGUCUUCUUCCAACUCAACGUAAUAUCUCUGGCCUUCAUCCAAAUGUUUCAUCAACAUUAUUGA